AUGUUGGCUCGCAUCCUGGGAAACCUACUAGACAACCCGAAGGAGAUCAAGUUUCGACGGCUGAACCCAAACAGCGACAAGUUGAAGAACGAGCUGCUGUGCUAUGCCGGAGCAUUGGAACUGCUGACCUCCAUUGGCUUCCGACAGUCUCCCGAUGGCUUCCUCGAACUGCCCGUAGGCGAAGCGCCGGCAGCCACCAUGGCAUUGGCUGCUGUCCGUCAGCACUGUGGAGGUGGUCAAGGCUAUGCCACGGCCACGAGGGGCUCUGGAGGAAUUCAGGCGUACGACGUGCUGGCACAAGUGGCCCGAAGCGAAGGUGGCGACGAAGUCCUGAAGCUUUUAGAACGUAUUUUGGACAACAUCCGACGGUAUCCUAACAACGACAAAUACAGGUGCAUCAACCUGAGCAAAGCUUCCGGCCAGAAGGUCAUGCCUGCCAUCGCGCUUCUCCGCGUGGCCGGUUUUGAGCGGAUCUCCACCCCGGAGGGCGAGGACGUUCUGCAGCUGGGAAGACCAAAUGUGGACAUUCUUGAAAGGGUGUGGGCCAUGGUAUGGUGGGCUGGCAGGGGCCAUUCUGCUCUGAGCGAGCUCCCGGCUGAGGGCACAGCCGGCGCUGCCGCUCUGGGUGCCUGCCUUGGGGCUGCUGCUGGGGACGCUUUGGGCGCGCCACUGGGGGGGCAGGAGCCGAUGGCAGUCAACGCUUUCGAGGUGGACAAGGCGCUGGAGAUGUGCGGUGGCGGUCUGUGGACAGUUGCCCCAGGACAGGUGACUGGUCACACAGAGCUGCUGCUGUGUUUGGCGGAGGCGCUGGCCGAUGCGGAGGGAUCGGUGUUCCCGUGUGAGGACGUGGCCGUUCGCUAUGGCCGAUGGGGCAAGACACACCCCUUCCGGGCAGAUCGCGCCUGCUUGCAGGUUUUCCAUCGUCCACUGCCUCCCGACGCGAUGGCCGAACGAGCCCGUGAGGUGAACCAGAAGUCGCUCAGCAGCGGAGCACUUGUCAGGUGUGCAGCCGUGGCGGUGAUGGGCGCAGCGCUAAAGUCACCGGAGAAGGCCGCGGCUUUUGCAAACGAGGAUGCGCGGCUGUCGCACCCAAGCCGUGUCCUCGCGCAUGCCAACUCCGCCCUGGCUUUCACCAUGGCAUUGCUGAUUGGUGGAACCAGCGGGACGGUGGCAGUGGAAGAGCUGCAGAGGUGGAUGAAAAGGCAGCAGGAGCGAAUUCGCACGGGGGUUCCCAAGCCGGGCGAUGGGCCACGCGGCCAAGGCUUUACGCACAUCUCAGCGGGAGGCGAGGAUGCGGAUGCCUGGUCCCCCCCAGGCGAGGAGCUGGUUGCCUGUGAAGAGGUUAUUCGAUGGGUCCGCAAAGCCCAGGGCAGCGAGCCGCUGCCCUUCUCCGACAUGUCCGCAACCUCGCUGCUCUCCAAGGAAGUGGGCUCUGCCGAGAUCCCGUUUUGCCACGCUGUGAGACACCUGCACAAUGGAACUUCCUUCGAGGAUGCCAUGCGCGCCACUCUCGCUGGUGGUGGAGACUCAAGCACAACGGCCUGUGUCGUUGGUGCGGUUCUGGGCGCUCGGGACGGUGUGCGAAGAAUGCCGGAGCGCUGGGUCCGCGCCGUGCUCGCCUGCGACCAAAGCCUUGGGCACCAGCGGCCCACGGACUUCGUGGCAUCCUACUUCGAGGCCUAUGAGAAGGCCGAACCGGAGUCGGGAGACCCUGAAAAUGAGGGCGAGCCCGAGGAUGGUGACCGGCGCAACAAGCCCAUCGAGCCCCUGCCAGCAGUGGAUCAUUCGCAAAUUCGCUACAACCCUGUGCAGACUAACUUCUACAAGCCUCACGAGGAAGUGGCGAAGAUGACCAACGAGCAGAUCGCCCAAGCACGGGUCGAUCUUCGCGUGAGUGCGACCGGAUCGCAAGUUGUAGCUCCUGUGACAUCCUUUGCCCACCUUGCCCAUGUUCUGGGUCGAGAGAUCAUGGAGGGAAUCCGACGCCACGGCUACCAGCAGCCUACCGCCAUCCAGGCGCAGGCAAUUCCCGUUGCCUUGUCGGGUCGGGAUGUUAUCGGCGUAGCCGAGACCGGCAGUGGCAAGACCGUUGCCUAUUUGCUUCCAAUGCUUGUGCAUGCCAUUGCCCAGCCAGAGCUGCAGAAGGAUGAUGGCCCCAUAGGCAUCGUUCUAUGUCCGACGCGAGAGCUCGCAGUGCAGAUCGAGACCGAGACCUUCAAGUUCAACAAGCAGUUGGGCAUGCGAAGUGUGACGCUGGCUGGUGGCCUCAGCAAACUGGAGCAGUUCAAGGAGGUGAAGCGAGGAGCCGAGAUUGCGAUUUGCAACCCCGGGCGUCUCAUCGACGUGGUGAAGAUGAAAGGCUGCAACUUGCAGCGCUGUACAUACAUCGUUUUAGAUGAAGCUGACCGCAUGUUCCACAUGGGCUUCGAGUACCAGGUCCGCUCCAUAGUGCAGAAUACCCGACCGAGCAGACAGACUCUUCUGUUCUCAGCUACUUUCCCGCCAAAGAUCGAGAAGCUGGCCCGCGACAUCCUGCAGCAGCCCGUCCGUAUCACGAUCGGCGAGGUUGGCCAGGCAGCUGCCAAUGUGCAGCAGUUCGUCGAAGUUUUGAAGAACGACGAUGAGAAGUGGGCAUGGCUCUCGAAGCGGGUCGAUGGUAUGCUGCAGAAGGGCCAGUUGCUGGUCUUCGUGAAGUCCAUCGCAAGUGCGGAGGAGCUCUCCCAAAACUUCCAGGACUUCUUGGAGAAGAAAACAGAAUUCUUGCAUGGUGACCUCGAUCAAGGCGAGCGGAUGCGGAUCUUGCGCAACGUGAGGAAGCGAGUGGUGGAUGUGCUGAUUGCCACAGACGUUGCUGCGCGAGGUCUAGAUCUGCCCUCGAUUGCCACCGUGGUGUCCUACGACGCCGCCAGGGACAUUGAAACGCACACCCAUCGAAUCGGCCGCACCGGGCGCGCUGGCGCGGCAGGGGAGGCGUACACUCUUCUGACCGGCGAUGAUCAGAACAAGAAGAUGGCCGCUCUCCUAGUGGAGAACCUGGAGCAGGCCAACCAGGCCGUUCCGGAGGACCUGAAGGGGCUGGCCAUGAAACACGGGCCCUUCCGGGCCGCCAAGCUUGAAGGGCGCACCUUCCUUGGCAAGAAGAAGGGGGCUGGCAAGGUGGAGAAGAGCGCCUUCGGCCUCGGCUUUGACGGUGCCUCGCGGCAAAAGGAGACGGUCCAGGAUCUUGCCAAGCGGCUGGACAAGGAGGCAGACCAGUUGGCCGCGCUCAACCGUCAAAAAAUUUCGGGUGGAAUGAGGGCAGGUCCCAACCGGAUGAUGAUGAAGAGUGGUUUCGUGGCCGCCGCGGUGGCCGACGCUCCAAAAGAUGGAGGAAGCGAG